AAGUUCAACAGAAUUCAUUAAGUGAAUUUUUAAAGAGGGUGACAAAAAGAGAAGGAAAAUGCCGAAACCAAUCAACGUAAGAGUAACUACAAUGGAUGCGGAGCUGGAAUUUGCCAUUCAGCCCAAUACAACUGGCAAACAGCUUUUUGACCAGGUGGUGAAAACAGUUGGUCUGCGUGAGGUCUGGUUUUUUGGGCUGCAGUAUGUGGACAGCAAGGGCUAUUCUACAUGGCUUAAACUAAAUAAAAAGGUGACACAGCAAGAUGUUAAAAAAGAGAAUCCUUUGCAGUUCAAAUUUAGAGCUAAAUUCUUUCCUGAAGAUGUUUCUGAGGAAUUAAUUCAAGAAAUAACCCAGAGACUUUUCUUCUUGCAAGUUAAAGAAGCUAUCUUAAAUGAUGAGAUAUAUUGCCCACCAGAAACUGCAGUUCUUUUGGCUUCCUAUGCUGUCCAAGCCAAGUAUGGAGAUUAUAAUAAAGAGGUUCAUAAACCGGGCUACCUGGCUAAUGAUAGACUCCUACCGCAGCGUGUUUUGGAACAACACAAACUGACAAAGGAACAGUGGGAAGAAAGAAUACAGAACUGGCAUGAGGAACAUAGAGGAAUGCUAAGGGAAGAUUCUAUGAUGGAAUACCUGAAGAUUGCACAAGACCUAGAAAUGUAUGGAGUCAACUAUUUUGAAAUAAAAAACAAAAAGGGAACUGAGUUGUGGCUAGGCGUUGAUGCUUUGGGUCUGAAUAUUUAUGAACAUGAUGACAAGUUAACACCUAAAAUUGGUUUUCCCUGGAGUGAAAUCAGAAAUAUUUCAUUUAAUGACAAAAAAUUUGUUAUAAAGCCAAUCGACAAAAAGGCACCUGAUUUUGUUUUUUAUGCGCCUCGUCUGAGAAUCAAUAAGCGGAUUUUGGCCUUGUGCAUGGGGAACCAUGAGCUGUACAUGCGGAGGAGGAAGCCCGACACCAUCGAGGUGCAGCAGAUGAAGGCGCAGGCCAGGGAGGAGAAGCACCAGAAGCAGCUGGAAAGGGCGCAAUUAGAGAAUGAAAAGAAGAAAAGAGAAAUAGCAGAAAAGGAAAAGGAAAGAAUAGAACGUGAAAAGGAAGAGCUAAUGGAACGUCUGAGGCAAAUUGAAGAACAAACAAUGAAAGCCCAGAAAGAACUAGAAGAACAGACUCGAAAAGCUCUGGAACUGGACCAGGAACGGAAACGAGCGAAGGAAGAAGCAGAGAGGCUGGAAAAGGAGCGCCGGGCGGCCGAAGAGGCCAAGUCCGCUCUAGCGAAACAGGCAGCUGACCAGAUGAAGAACCAGGAGCAACUAGCAGCAGAACUUGCCGAAUUCACUGCCAAGAUUGCACUUCUAGAAGAAGCCAAGAAGAAAAAGGAGGAGGAAGCUUCUGAGUGGCAACAUAAAGCUUUUGCAGCCCAGGAGGAUUUGGAAAAGACCAAAGAAGAAUUAAAGACUGUGAUGUCUGCCCCUCCUCCCCCUCCGCCACCACCUGUCAUUCCUCCGACAGAAAACGAGCAUGAUGAACAUGAUGAGAAUAAUGCCGAGGCCAGUGCUGAGCUGUCCAGCGACGGGGUGAUGAACCACAGAAGUGAGGAGGAACGUGUAACAGAAACACAGAAAAAUGAGCGUGUUAAAAAGCAACUUCAGGCAUUAAGUUCAGAAUUAGCCCAAGCCAGAGAUGAAACCAAGAAAACGCAGAAUGACGUUCUUCACGCCGAGAAUGUUAAAGCCGGCCGUGACAAGUACAAGACUCUGCGGCAGAUUCGACAAGGCAACACAAAGCAACGUAUUGAUGAGUUUGAAGCAAUGUGGGGACCCAAACUGUAUGCAUUGUUCCAGAUGCGUUCUUGCCAAAGCAGUAUAAAGCAAAUGUAACCGUUAGCAAGAAGGCUCCCUCCCUCACGGGGUCCCUGGCAGUGGACAAAUGGCGAGCUUUCGGAUGUCCUGAAUGUCUGUAUCCCCCAAAGUCCAGAACCUCAGCUGGAACCCGAUGGACGAGUGUUCCGUGAACCACGGCUCUUGGUGGUGGUUCUUUCCACGUCUCACUUUACCGUUGGUUUUCCCUUUCUUGCUGUUCUGUCUCUCUCCCCACCCCUCUUGGUUGCCUUUCCCAGGACAGUCCUGAGAGAUGGGCCAGGACGUGGAAUCGCGCACUGCCCCCGGCGGCCCCCAGCCAGCACCCUAACUGCAUCCUGUCUUCGAGGCAGCAUCCCCUCAACAGAUGCCUGAAGGCAUGAGCUUCCGAGAACUCACUUUUUUUCUGCAUGACUAGCUUGUCAGGAAGGAUAUAUGGAGAGAAUUUCCAAGAACUUUCCACUUUUUAAUAAAAUGUGUGUGAUUCUUUUUGGCUUCAGGCUGAGAGCACACUCAGUGGUCUGUGGCUCUGUUUACUGGCCCACGUCCGUGGAACCUGGAGAAAUUGCAGCACCAUCCCCCUCCUGCCCUGGCUGUUUGUAUAAUUGUAUAUAAAUGUAGCAAUAAAUACAUUCUAACAUCCA